GAUCCUUUUCCAGUCUUCCUUUGGGGAAAUCUGUCGAGAGCCUGAAGAACUGAUCAAAUUUCCGAAGAGCUUUUUUUUUACUAUCGUUCUGGCUGAGGAACGGAAAGAAUCGAACUCGAUGAUCAGCGAGCGUAAUAUAAAGAGAAAAAGGGAGAUGGCCGACCGUUUCUUCCCUAACGAAAUGCCGGAUUUCGUUGCCGAGACAACCGAGGAAACAGCACCCGAAGGCGUCGGAGAUUCGCUCCGGAAGCUCCUUUCUCUUCCCUACCCAACUGUCGCGGAGAAAUUCAAAAGAACGGCUUUGGAUCUUAAGGAAACGAUUGUGACGAAUACGUGGGGAUUCAGUAGGCGACGCUUGAGUGACUUCACACUCUAUACGGGUGCUCUGGGGACGGCUUUCUUGCUUUUCAAAGCUUAUCAAGUCACUAAGAACAAAAAUGAUCUCAACCUUUGCUCUGAGAUUGUCAAGGCUUGUGACUCUGCUUCCAGUGGUUCCAAGUACGUGACGUUUAUAUGUGGGCGAGCCGGUGUAUGUGCUCUUGGCGCUGUCAUUGCAAAACAUGCCGGAGACGAACGGUUGCUUAGUUAUUACUUAACCCAAUUUAAAGAGAUUAAACUUCCUAACGACGUUCCGAAUGAAUUGUUGUACGGGAGAGCUGGGUUCUUGUGGGCAUGUUCAUUCUUAAACAAACACAUUGGUGAAGGAACCAUUCCUUCUACCCGAACAGGUCCAGUGGUGAACGAAAUCAUCAAGGAUGGAAGACGAUUAUCCAACAAAGGUAGCUGCCCCUUGAUGUUUGAAUGGCAUGGAAAGAAGUACUGGGGUGCAGCCCAUGGAUUGGCCGGGAUUAUGCAUGUUUUGAUGGGCAUGGAAUUGAAGCCGGAUGAGCAGGAAGAUGUCAAGGGUACCCUACGCUACAUGAUUAAGAAUCGCUUUUCCAGUGGGAAUUACCCCUCGAGCGAGGGCAGUGACAAUGAUCGCCUUGUGCAUUGGUGUCAUGGUGCUCCUGGUGUCACUCUAACCCUUGUCAAAGCUGCUGAGGUUUUUGGGGGUGACGAGUUUCUGAAAGCAGCUGAGGCGGCUGGAGAGGUGAUCUGGAAGAGGGGGCUGCUUAAGAGAGUUGGGAUUUGCCAUGGCAUCAGUGGGAAUGCUUACACAUUCCUUUCACUCUACCGACAGACUGGUAAUGUGGAAUAUUUGUACAGGGCCAGGGCAUUUGCGUGCUUUCUACUUGACAGGGCUAACAGGCUUAUAUCUGAAGGGAAGAUGCAUGGAGGUGAUCGUCCCUACUCACUAUUUGAAGGGAUUGGAGGUAUGGCUUAUCUUUUCCUGGACAUGAUAGAGCCAGCUGAAGCCAGGUUCCCUGCCUAUGAACUUUGAAACUCUAUUCUAGGUGGAAAAGACACAUGUAUGAGAAGUUCUUUACAUGAAAGUUCCACUUUGUAAAUUUAUUUGUAUAGAUACAGUGGUGUCUAGGUUGUAAUAAUGCCUAAUGGUGCUUGUAAUUUGGACCUAAAUGUGUAAUCCCAUCUUUUGCUCACAAAGUAGAAAACCCUAGAGAGUUGAGCUUCUAAGCCUUGACUUGAUGCGUGUUUGUGUUCUUCCAGAAAAUGAAAGGAAUACCAUUUUCCUACA